UGAACUUUCAUUGGUCACUGGGGUUGGUCACUGAGAUCGAAGAGGCGACCCCUUCUUCAGAGAACCAACAGGGGAAUAAAUAAACGAAGGGACGAAAGGGGAGGGCUUUGAAGGUGGUCCCUUCCGUUCAGCAUCGGUGGCCACUGACUGCUGAGCUUUAAUUAGAGAAGAUUGAAUUUCAAUUUUUUUAGAUGCGUCUCUACUCGGGUCGCAAUGGAAUCAGGCGCAUUAGGUUGUCACGUGAUUCGUCAUUAUUAAUGAAGUAGAAGAUUGUUUUUGCUGUAAGGUCACUAGUCCCUUCCGUUCAGCAUCGGUGACCACUGACUGCUGACCUUUAAAACUUACAACAGAAUGUCUGUCGUUGCUUCCUCUUCUGCCGGACCGAAGAAAGCCGUGGUCAUCGGCGUCACUGGUUUCGUCGGUUCUUACGUUGCUCGUGAACUACUCCGCAAAGGCUAUGCUGUGACGGGUACUUGUCGCGAUCCAGCCACUGCCGCAUGGGUGCCAGCAGCAGUUGGGGGACCCGUGUCUCUUGAAGCACUCACGUUUGGACCGACUGUGGAUAAGGCCAAGAAUGCAGCUGUCCUCGCAGACCUCGCAAAAGGAGCGACCGGGAUUUUUAUGUGCGCUGGAUAUGAGAAGCAGGAACCAGAAACGAUUGAAGUGAUGCAAGAAAUGGCUUUGUCGGUGCUGCGUGCGGCUGAGAGUGAAGUUGGAUUAAGGCUUGAAGAAAUUUUUAUCCAUCUUUACCGACAUCGAUCUCACGCAGUCCCGUUUCUUAAGAGAAAAAGGGCACCAAGGAAGAUACUCAGAAAGAGAGACUUGUUCUGCAAGUUCUAAUCGGAGGUAGAGACGACAGCGACGAACUCGUAGUGAUCCUAACGAGUAGUACAGGGAGUACAAAUCCACCACCAGAGAAAGGGCUGCCAGCAUUGAAAAGCGAAGUGACCCAUUGGUCAGACCCGGAAAAGCAGGCAGCGAAUAAGAGGUUCUCACCUUCCGCGAAAACGAAUAUGGAAUUGCAGAGCUUGGCGUUUGUUGGUAAGACUUGUAUGAAAACAAUACUGCUGGUUUUGUUGUUGUUCCUGCUUAUACAUAGAGAGGAAGAUGACUAGGAGAACUCGUUCAACUUCAUGAUCUUCAUGCCUUUCAUUUUAAUGACAACUACUCUUCUCUCUCCACUACUUAGGUCGUGACGCUACCAACGCGAUCAUCAACAAAGAACGAGCAACAGCUACUAAGCGUCUCCGGCUUUGCAUCAUGAAUCCCUCGUGGAUCCUAGCACCUCAGCUGCAACCCGGUCCCGUGUCUGGGAAUGGUCUGCCAUGGCUAGCGAAAAUAGUAAAGGGGGAAUCAAUGUUACGGCUACAAGAUGUGAACAGCAUAUCGAACUACAGUAUAACGAACUACGAUCAAUGCGGAGCCAAUCUACUUCGCUUUUUUUUCAUUCCUAAGACGCUUUUCUCCAAGAGCAACGGCCGAUAGUCGUGCGCACCAGAAACACAAACCUCUUCUAACACUCGCCGACGCCGUUCCAAAUGACUCUAUGUCCAUCAUACAUUGCGAAGAUCUUGCCAAACUUCACGUUGCCUGUCUUGAAACCCCGACUGCGACUGGUCGAUACUUCGGAGUCAGUCAGAGUUGGGCCUGGGAGGACAUUUUGCAAUGCGCAAAAGAGGAAAUUGACGACCUCAGAAAAGGCGACGAAACCUUCAAGCUAGAGUUCAAGAUGCCACCUGUGACUUACGAAACGCGUAAUCCAGUGACGACAUUCGACAACACAAGAAGAGACACUCUAGGAGUCGAGAUUAAAGGUUUAGGACAGAUUCUGAAACCAACUUUGGGGUAUUUGAAAGAGAAGGCGCUUAUCUGAUUAAUGGAAUGGACAAAAGCAAGUAAGAGACAAUCAUCAUGUACGCAUUUUGUUCCAGGCCCACAUUCACAUAUUUUAGCAUGGUAGAUACAAAUGUAUACUGUCUCUACGGUGACCAAGUAG